AUGAUUCUCGCAGUCCUCGCGCUCUCUGGCUAUCGCACGGAAGAGGUCAACCGUCCAUCGUCGUCCACGCCUUCCACUUAUGCCAUCUAUGACGCUGUACUGUCAACGCCAACUGGUACCCUCAUCGACACCACCGUUCGCCAAUGGACCCCACGUAGUGCUCUGCCUCUUCCUGAUGGCACCGUCGCUUUGGUGCUGGGAAAGGCUUAUACCUUCUAUAACUCAACCAUCUCGUCCUCUGAAGUCAUGAUCGACGCCAUUGUCCUCAGCCCAUUCCCUGGCGACGUCACGGACUUGGAGGCAUACGAGCGGGGUAUUCCCGAUAUAGGUGCCCCCAUUAUAUUUGCUCUAGGUCGCGUACAGAAUGCGCCAGCUCCAUGUGCUGAUGGGGAGUCCCGUUUCUUCAACCUAUCCGUCUCUGAGUGGCUUCGUGAUGGUAAUGUUGAUUGUGUGCAUCGGUGA